UGCUUCCGCUCGGUCACAGGCGGACCAACCUACUGGGAAGCUCGGGCGGCCACAGCAGAACCCGCAUCCGAAUUUCCCCGUUGCGGGGGCAAUCACGAGACGCUUCUUUCCGCUCUUCUGGGCUCGAUGCAGAAGUCUGAUGCGCCAUUUGCCUUCGCGUUGCAACCAUGUCUUUCUCAGCACCCUACUGGUCUGUUGUGACCUUUGUGGCAACCGGCUCCGCCAAAAGCUUGGUCGAGACGACGAGCAAGGACCAGAGCUCAGCGAACUUUGUAACUAAGCCUACUGGUACCGACGAGACACCUGGGAAGGGCGAGGCGACAGGCAAAGUCCCUGUCAAGUCAGACAGCAAGGGCAAGUCGGAGAGAAAGGAGGGAGCCCAAGAAGGCAAUGUGAUUGGCAAGCAGGGGGCUUCAGUCAAGCUCCCAUUGAACUCUGCUGCGAAGGAAAAAGCUACUCGCGAAGAGAAGACGCUAGGAAAGGAUCUCGCAGAGAAGAAUGGGAAGGCCCCAACAAAGCUCCCUGUGAACGUUUCAGCUAAGAGCAAGGCACCAGGGAAAGGCAAAACCUCCAGCAGCAGCAAGGGAGGCGGUCCCGUGGAGGUAGCCGGCAAAAAGGAAAAGAAGAAAAAGAAGAAGAAAAAGAAGAAAAAAGGAGGGGAAGGUAACGGGUGAUGACUCUGCCCCAGCCACAGAAGACGCCUGCCAGCCAUCCAGGCAAGAAGGAAAGUGAUGUGAGGCAACGAC